AUGGUGUUCAAGGAUAUAUACGAAGAGUUUGUUGCGGCGAAGCUGCAGCCAAAGCGUCAGAACUGGGACAACCUUAGCGACGACGUGUUUUACGUCGACCCGGAAACUGCACACGAUAAAUCGCAGUUGAAGCAUGCUAAGCAGACAGGCCUGACAUCAGUCGAAAAGGCCGCGUACAAGUCAUUUCUGGACUGCCGGAAGAUGUGCGACGAGAUCAAAGACUGCUUCCAGUUCUCCUACCAUGAUGGCAUUUGUGCCUACCACAAAAGCUUCUUGCUAGGCAAGCCGAGGAAGCCUGAGGAUAAGAAGAAUCAAGGUUGGACAAGCGGAUGGGCUGUCGAUAAGAUCCAUUCGUGGGUUCAGGAGCAUAGCGAAUGCAAAGAGCCCGUAUGGCCCAAAGUGUAA